CCUGACCCCCCUCCAGUGACUGCAGGUCACUGAGAAAGAAGUAGAUCACAGCCUCUAAUGGAAACGUGCUUGAUUACAGCUCUGCCUGUAGCCGAUGGCCACCCGACUGCUCAGCCGGAUCUUGUCCGGGAGCCUCAGGGCAAGCCCACAGACGUGGCUGGACGCAAUGGAUAUCCAGCUUCCCAGCCGGGUUCCAGGGCUGACGCGCAGGGAGAUCGCACGGGUCCUCAAAGAGCAAAGUAUAAAGCUAAAGCUGAAAUAGGAGAAUCUUCCCAGCGGUCACCAGAAGUCCUAAAGGAAAUCCUGGAGGAAUUGGACAAAGCAGCACGUGAGAUGGACCGUGAGACUGUGGAGAAGGAGGCGUUUCGGGAAGGAGAUGGUCACGCAGCGCCAGUCUCUGAUGAAAAAACAGGGGCAAUUCAAUCAACAGGCGUGCCAGUGGCAGUGCUGUCCAGCCCUGGAGAAGCCCACCACGCCAGGAGAUAUGAAUUUUCUCCAAAGAAUGCAGGUGUGGAUGACAAGAGAAACACAAAUGCUAUGGAUCCUCAAGAUUUCCGGUACUACUGCAUAGAAGGUGCCGUGGCGGUCUUGGGCUCCGUGCUGUUUGGGAUGAUAUUGUGUUGUGUGAUCUGUCUGUGGAGGAAGAGACAACGGCGCCUCUCCGCAGCUUCGCGAGCCCAGCCCGACACCAGCAGCUGCUCCUCGGGCCUGGACAGCCCGAGCAGCCGUCCCAGCACCCCGGAGAGCUGGACCCAACAGCAAGAGCCAUCACCUGUGCCUGGAAAGCCAGCCCGCCUGCCACAGAGCACCAGGGAAUGGGCCUCCGCCAGCCCGGACAGCCGCCCGGCCCGCCCGCCUCCACCCCGGCCCCCAUGGCUGUCCAACUCAGCCAGCCGGGUGUUGCGGGACCAGCCCAGUGACCUCGAGCCCCCAGAGGAAUUGAAGCCACCCGCCCGCGGCCCAAGCCCAUCGCGCCGGCCCUCCUGCAAGGGCCUGAGCCAGCCCCGCCAGGGUAUGGGUUUGGGCUACGAUGACAGGCUCCUGACUGGACAGCUUCAGGGAUCGACCAUUCAUGUCCGAAUAAUGGCACAGCAAUAAAUACAGAUCAGUAGCACAAUUGUCCAGGUCGUAAUGGCAGCAGACCCAGGGCAUUCACCAAUCCUGGGCCGAACUUCAUAUCAGGGCACACAGGGACCUGGAUGCCCACGGUGUCAGCAAGCAGGGAGCUGGGCAUGGGACCUGCCAACAGGCUGGGGGAGCCCAGCUUCCCUGGUGGGACUGUCCUGCUCAAUUCUGAGCCACAGAGGCACCAAAGGGGCUCAUUAACAGGUCACCAUCCCCACCUCUGCUCCCUGUGCCAGCUUUGUCCUGGAGUGCACAGGACAGGGGUGCUGUGUAGGGCAAUACCAGCCCCAGCCCCUCCAUUGUGUGCAUGCCAAAUACACCACAUAAGGCAAAGCCAGAAAUAAAACGCAGAGCAGCACAAAGCUGCUAUUGAGCCAUAA